CGCGAAUUCAUUAAGGUAGGUACGUGAAUAAUUUCUUCGCUACUCUAGCACAGUACGUGUUCGGGCUACUGGCCGAGAGAUUCCUAAUCUAUAAUAUAUUUUUUAUAACGGUGCAAAAGUUUUUUCAACUCGUAAAUUGUGACGCUACAAGUAUAUACCAGUUAAUAUUAGAAAAAAUUGAAACGAAAAAAACAUUUCGGAAUUGUAUAGUGAUGGUGUCUCGGUACCGAGAAAGUUACUCGAGUUUUAUUCGUUGUUAAUACUACAAUUGUUACGAUGAAAUUCGUUUUUCAUUACGGUUUGCAAAAUUACAUAAUAUUUUUUCUAUUUUUAUAUUGUCAACGAUUCGUUGUAUUUGUACAAACGAACCAUGCAGCAGAUGAUCCACACAGUAUUGAUGGAGUUCACCAGUCGGAAUCCCAUAACGAGGUAUUUUAUGAUUCAGAAUCCCAUACUUACCCAUCUGCUUCCGCGUACGAAUCCAAUACUCACCCGAUAAGCCGAAACAAUCAUGACGAAUUCCCAGACUCUCAAACUCGCCAAUUUCAUACUGAUGGAUUUCAAACCCAAGAAACCAAAAAUUUCAUAUCGAUUAUCUCGAAAAGUUUCCUACAAAGAAUUCCGACGACUCGUAUUGUAUAUUCAAAACUCAAUCAUACUAAUUAUUGGCCUUUUAACAUGGAACGUGUCAGAUUACCUCCUGGAUAUCAGUCUCCUAUUAAUAUUCAUACCGAUAGAAUUGACAAAAUAAGUAUGCCUCCUCUGGAUACGCAUUCGUACGAAGAACUCGACGACUCUGCGGAACUCAUCUGUUUCAAUGCUGGACAUACGAUCGAAUGUAAGGUAAAAAAUGGCACAAAUCCUCCGUACAUUCAAGGAGGUCCAUUACCAGCCAAAUAUAUUUUCGACAACAUGCAUUGGCACUGGGGAAGUCGUUCGGCCGGCAGCGAGCAUUUAAUAAAUGGAAUACCGUAUGCUGCGGAAGUACACGUUGUUCACUACAAAGAGAAAUAUGGUUCGUUCGAGAUGGCUAGAAAAAAGCAAGAUGGAUUGGCUAUUUUUGCAUUAUUUGGAAGGAUCACAUCGGACGAUAACGAUGAUCUUGAAAUACAUUUCAAUGAUAUCCUUCAUCACUUGAUAGUUCCUGCCAAAACACACGUGACGAAAUGGCAAGACGUAUUCAAAUUUAUACACAAAAUUGUUCUAAACAAUCAACAAUGGAUGACAUAUCCCGGAUCUUUGACGAGUGCGCCUUAUAAAGAAAGUGUGACGUGGUUAGUGUACUUUCAAUGUUUCGAUAUAUCGUCAAAUCAGUUGGAUGUGUUACGUUCGACACUAAGGAGCAAAGGGGGUAAAAACCUGGAUCAUAGAAGACCAGUAUAUGAUAUCAGAGGUGAUAAUCGACCUAUGUUGGUGCAAAAGGGAUCGCACGUAUCAGUACAAAAUAUUUAAAAAAUGUAUACCAAUUAUUAUGUAAUAGUUGAAUGCAAUUCUGUGAUAUGCGUAUAGUGAGUAAGGUAAAUUAUUGGUGUUCAUAAUAGAGCAUAUAGUUUAUAAGACUAUGGGCAGCUAGACUACAAUUGACUGAGGGGAAAAAUAAUAUUAUGAUUAUUUUCCAAUAGAAUAUUUUAUGGAUUAUGGAUACGAAUACCUAGGUAACCCAUGAAAUUCAUAAAUAGAAUCAAAAUAGUAGUUCAACUUUCCGAUUACGUCACAUUAUCGAUUUUAUUAUUCAAUAAAAUAUCAACGAAAUUAGUUAUUGAUGAGCGUUGAAUAUUCAAAAAGGUCAGAUGCCUGAAAUAUCUACCUAAAUUAAAGGUAGAUAAAUCCAAAUGUUAGGUCUGAUAGUGUUUCAUAAAAUCGAUUAAUUGAUAAAAAUUAAUUUUUCUAGAGCCUAUACCUAUACUCACGUAAGCUAAUUUUUAUAAAGUUUUAUAAGAAUUUUUUAUCGAUAAAUAUUCAUGUAAAAAAUAAAUUUAGAACAAUC